AGCCAGAGCCAGCCGCGAGCAGGGCAGCCGGAGCCGCCGUGACUUUUCAAGCGACUUUUGCAGUUCGGCUCCCCCCAGCCAGUGACAGCGCCGGGCCGGGCCGGGCCGAGCCGAGCCGAGCCGGGGCGGGGCUGCGCGUAGCCUCCUCGCCACCCAGCCGGGGCCGCCGCCCUGCGGGAGCGGAGCAGCCGGGAAGUUUCGGGGCAAAGCCGCUGACCAGCAUCCCCUCAAAACAAGCAGUGAAAAAUGGGCCGGAAAAAAAUACAGAUUAGUCGAAUUUUGGACCAGCGCAACCGUCAGGUGACCUUCACCAAGCGCAAGUUUGGGCUGAUGAAGAAGGCCUAUGAGCUGAGCGUGCUGUGUGACUGCGAGAUCGCCCUCAUCAUCUUCAACAGCACCAACCGCCUCUUCCAGUACGCCAGCACCGACAUGGACAAGGUGCUGCUCAAGUACACGGAGUACAGCGAGCCGCACGAGAGCCGCACCAACUCCGACAUCCUGGAGACGCUGAAGCGGAAGGGCCUGGGGCUGGAAAGCCAGGAGCUGGAGCUGGACGAAGGGCUGGACCCCAUGGAGAAGGUCCGGAAGCUGAACGAGGGGGUGGACCUGACGGUGGCGCGGCCCAGGCUCUACUCGUCAGGCCCUCUGCCCAGCCACGAAGCAGCCUACGCGGGCACACCGCCCUCUGGGAGCGACGGAGGGCUCAGCAGUGCCAACGGGUCCCCACAGCAUCAGAGCCGCCUGCCUGCGUUCAAGUCAGCGAUUCCCAGGCACGGCCAGCCUUCGGGGCGCUCCCCGGGGCCACUGCCUCCAGGCCUCGGCUACCCUCUCUUCUCCCAUGGCAACCUGAACCGAGCCCUGGCUACCAAGACCCCUCCCCCGCUCUACCUAGGGGCAGAAGGCCGCAGGAUGGAUGUCCACAGCAGUUUGUCCAGCGCCAGGAGUAAUCUGACAUCAGCGCGAUCGCUCUACCCUGGCCUGCAGACGGUGAGCCCAGUGCUGCCCGCCGGCAACGGCAGCAUGCCAGCCCAUGGGCUAGGGGGCUUCCCCUUCCUCUCCUCAAGCCAAGCAGAGUACGGGCCCGGCGAGGCUUCCUCGCACCCUGGCUACCUCCAGCCCAACUCCAUUGCCUCCUGGCAGCACCACAGAGACAUGGCAACCUCCGCGCACCUGCCGCUAGGGGCGGCCGGCAGAGGGCUCCCCACCGAAGAGGCAGCCCCAGCCCCCAGCAGCUCUCCCCAGCACCAGGCCAUCAGCAUCAAGUCCGAACGGGUCUCCCCAGUGGUCAGCUGCAGGUCGGCCACCCCUCAGCACUCCCUGAGCGGCCUGUCCUCCCUCAGCGACGUCCCCAGAGGGCCCGGGGACCCGCCCCAGCGAGACGAGUAUGCCAAGGCCUAUCACUACCCACUGGUCCUGUCCCGGCCGCUGGCGGAGGAGCAGCAGGGGGGCGUCCCGGUGCGGCGCCUGCAAGUGACGGACGUUUGGCAGAGAUAGUGGGGCCGGCUGUCCUGGGUGGGGGGUCGCCCGCGCUGUUUGCGUGUAUGUACCAGCAGUGGCAGGCCCAGUCUGUCCCAUGCCUCCUCUUCUGCUCAGAAGCACUUGUACCCUUCUUCUGGGGUCCCCUGCAGCCACAACCACCCACAGGGCAGGAGGUGGCACCACAGAGCAUGGCUGAGUGCUGCGGGAGGCGGGGGGAUCCCAGAACCCCAUGGGUAGUGAGUGCCUGGGGGGAGACCCCCUCGCUGCCUAGCCCCAGAACCCCAUGGGCUAUGAGUGCUUGGGGGAGCCCCCUUUUUGCCCAGCCACAGAACCCCAUAGGCUGUGAGUGCCUGUGGGGUGACCCCCUUGGUGCCCUGCCCCAGAAUCCCCUGGGCUCAGAGUGCCCACGGGGAGCUCCCUCUCUCAGUUUGAAAUACAUCCCUACCCUCUUUCCCUCCAACUCUCUGAUUUCAUGUUAAUUGCAUGUUUGGGUGGAAGGUCUGUUCCUCUGAGCUGGGCUGGGGCUCCCGUGAGCAAGGGGCACCCCCCCCGCCCUCGCCUGCCCCCCACCUCUGCUCCUAAUGCCCCAGACCAACUGCAGGUGCCUCAGAAGCUCCUGUCUGUCUUGUUAACCAUGCCCAUGUCAACACCUUCCAGCCUUCUGCUGGCACCAGUGCAGCACCACUGGGGCACAGCCGUGGCGUGCCAGCGCGGGGGGGGCACUGGCCUUUUAACCCUGCGCAGCGCAGGCUGGGAAGGUCUGCGUUAGAGCUGCCCCCCCCGUGGGAUUCGCAGUGUUCAGGUGCCACUCUGGAUUAUUUUCUAUUUAUUAUGUUAUAUCCAGCCGCAGGUUCAGCCAAUAAAGAUUUGGGUUUGUCCGGCCCCCCGGGGUGAUCUUAUCGCCCAAGCGGCUGGGAUAACGCUGGCUGGAAGAACGGCAUGUGAGGUGCGUGGGGGGUGGGGUGGGUUUCCUCUCUCCUCUCCCCCCCGCCUCCCACACAAUCAAGUUAACAGCACCUGAAUGUGGGGGCUGGGGGGGGGGGAAGAGGAGACCGGCGGGGCGCUGACAGCCCUGGGGCGUGUUUGACUGUCACAAAGAGCCCUGGGCAGCCCCAGGGAUGUAACCUGGCAUCUCUGCAUUUCCCAGGCACCGAACCCCACUUCUCACAAAUACUUCCGGGGGCGACACAGGUGGGAGCGUCCAGCUAUUGGCUGAGGGCACCGGGGGUGGGGCAGGAUGGGAGCAAGACCCUCGUGGGCUGGGCUUGCCGUAGCCUAGCACCCCCGUUUGCUUCUCUUUCUAGUGCUGGACAGACGGGUGUUGUGAAGAGCUGGGGGCCUGCUCUGGAAGCCAGGACUCCCAAGGGAUGGGCAUGUUCUGUGUUACAGCACCCUGCUGGUGAAGCUGGUGUCAGGGCCAGCGUGCGUGAUGCAGGGGCCUGCCCAAGGGGACAGCAGCUCUGCUGUGCCCAGAGCAGUAGAGCCCAGUACAAGCCAAGGGACAGGCAUUCAUGGCCCUGGGUCACUGAAACCUGGAACCCCAUGCACCAGGUCGCCACGCCACUCACACAAAUUUGGCCUGGCCAAACCUGAGCGACACUGUGACCCCAGAGUUUGCAACAGAGUGGGGAGCCGAGCCCCACGAGCCCCACAGGACAGGAGCUGCCGCUGUGGUGUUUAGUACCUAUUACAGUGACGGGCUAUGAUCGAUCCUGGGUCAGAACGAGUUACUAAGCAAGGUGUUUUUUACGCUAAAUCUAUUUACUGGGUGGCAACAGGCCAUCAAGGUUUCAAAUGGGUCCUGAGCCUCAAACGGCUGAGCCCCACGGCUGCAGAAUGUCCCAGCGCACUCAGGCCCAGCACAGACCCUGCCCCCAGGGCAGAGGCCAAGGCCUGUCACUCGGGACAUUCAGCAGCAGCCGAGAGGGCUGAGCAUGGGGUGCAGAGGGGCUGAGCGGCUCGGGGCCUGGCACCUGAGCAGUUCAGUGAUGUGGUGGCAGAAUGGCCAGCCCGGGUGGGGAGCGGGCCCAUCACUCGGUGUGUAACGUCCCGCGGCCCGGGUCUGGCAUGGGUGAAAACGAGUCUGGCGGGGCGUCUGGACCUGAAUGGGGCGUCCGAAGUGGUGACCGCAGGGGCUCAAUGGGGCUUGUUCUGGGCUGGCUGCAGUUCUUCACUUUGCUCACCAGAUGUCGCUGUCUGCUGAGCUUUGGUGCCCUGACACCCCAAUUCCUUCAUCGCCCGCUGGCUCAGGCAGCCCCGGGCGACUCUUGGAGGCAGGGAAGCCUCGGGGGGCUGGAGCUCCUCAGGGCGGGAUUUCUCCAGGCCACUUUCAGUGUCCGGCCCCAGGCGUGACCCCAGGGAGCCCUGGUCCCAGCCGCACCUGGGAAAGGAUGGAGCCGGGCGCCCAUUCCACAGGCUCUCCAGGGUCACCCUCUAUUGUCCUGGGGGGAGCCAAGGCUGCGGGCGGGGAGAGCUGCUGCACAAGCCGCUUGCCCUCCAUCCCUGACCUGUAGCGAGGCUGAGCUGCACACGCGAUCCUGCUGCUGCCCGUCAGUGCUGACACACAGUCCCCCUGCUGGUCCAGGCCCAGGCUCCCCUCACCCCCCCGCCAUGCCCCUCAGUCCUGCCCUGUAGCCCCCUACUAGUCCAGCCCUGGGCUCCCUCCACUGCAGCUGUGCCAGGGCCUCUCAAUCCUGCCCAGCAUCUCCCUACUAUCCCAGCCCUGGGGUCCCCCCUCACCUGCAGCCAUGCUUCUAUUCCAGUUCAGGGUUCUGCCCAAGCUCUGCUGGUGCCCCUCAAGCCUGACCCACACAGCUCUGUGAUGCCCCGCCAGGCUGACCAGCUAUGCAGCUCCCUCCCCCUACCUCUGUCAAUGCACUGCAGUCUUGACCUGCAGCACCCCCUGCAAGGCAUGAGCCCCAGCCCCUGACAAGCCAGACCUGGAUCCUUCUCCAUUGUCCUUUUUUUCUUUUCUUUUUUUAACAUGAAAUCAACAUCAUAAAACAGUCAUUUGAACUUUGGCCACCAAAAAUAUGUCAAUUUCUGUGUGAAAAUGGUGCAUUUCUACCUUGGUCAAACUCAACCCUGCUGUGUUCACUCGUAUACACCACCCUGGGCCUCUGCGGCUUGUUUCAAUCAGCAUUUAGAAGUUUGGCUGCUUCUCCAAACUUCACAGAUCUGUAAAACGGAGCUGGAAAUACCACCCUGCCUCCAUGGGACAUCGAUUGGCCCCCUGAGCUUCCCAUCAUGGCCUGGAGCACAAAGAAACGACAGAAGAAACAAAGUUUGAACCAAACUUUGCCAAACUGCAGUAAAUAUUUGGCUCGGGUUCAGUAACGUGUUGGGUGAAGGUUUAGGGCAGAGUUUAUCCUCCUAGCCUGGUGUCCUAUCUCCUGCGUCCAUAAAAGAAGGAGGGUCAGCAGAUUGUCAGGUUAAUUCACAGGCUCCAUGCUCUGCCCACAAGUCAGAGGUUUGGAAAUGGGGGUUGGCUUGGCAGAAUUCCUUGUCAGUGCUCUGCUGGAGGGGGCUGCGCAGCCCAGCCACCUCUGCCUGCAAAACUAGAUUCUCCCCCGCCCCCCCAUGUCCUUGGAAGCGAUUCCAUACUGUGCAGGCACCGGGCUGGGGUGGUUGUUGGCAGGACAGCAGGAGCCUGGCUGCUGGAGGUGCGGGAGAGUUAAAUUGAUCCCACAGCUGCUGUUCCACCACCCAUCCCAGCCAGAAGGUUCUGGGUUCAGUCUGGGCACAAGCAAUUCAGUUGAUAUAAUUCGGAGUUACAGAUCCUGGUUUCCCUCCAAGGAUCGUUGGUGUACAGAACAGGUUAAAAAAGCCACGGAGGAAGAAUUGCUUAGUAUGAAUAUCUUCAUAGCUCUAACAUUGCAGGAUGCUCGUGUGGUCAGAGCACAGGCCAAGGAAUCACACCUGGGUUUUCUUCCUGGGUCUGCUGACACGUCCUCUGUGACUUUGGCAAGUCACCUCACUGCUCGGUGCCUCAGUUUCCCCAUCUGUGGCUGAGGGUUAAUAACACUGACACCUGGAAGACUGCCAUGAUGUUAGUGCUUGGAAAGUGCCAUAGAAGCCUCAGACAGAAGAGGCUACAAGAACAGAAAGAGUUCAUAUUAUUUAGUGGAUCAUCGAAAUUAUAACUGGAACAGGUCUCUGAGCUCAUUUUAUGUAUUCCUUUGCAUCUGCUGAAUCUGGUCUAGUCAGGCAGAAGACACGUCCCCUGAUACAUUGAUAUGACACAUGGCCACUUCACCAGCCACCAAACUGCAACCAGCUCUGGGGAAGUGCAGCGUAGUUGCUAUUUAAACCACAUACAGCAACCCCUCGCAACAGCUUCGGCACCAGUGAUUUUUGAUGGCACCCGUGCUCCAGAUGCAACGCUGGGAUUCCACCAGCCCUGUUAGCCAAUGACAGCAAAGUUUGAGAGGCCCAGGUUUUAUUUGUAUCAUGGUAGAGAGCUUAGGUUCUAAACAGACACGAAGCUAGGACAGCAAAGUGAUCUGUCCAAGGUCUCUUAGCCCGUCAGAGGCACAGCUGAGAUUAGAAUGAAAGUCUCCUGACUCCCAGCCCAGUGCCUUAUCUACUAGCCCACGCUGCUACCCGUUCAUUGGCAGCCUUUAUGUGCUGAGCCCCUGGAAGGGUGGAGAGCACGUCUCUCUUCAUACACGCACACUGGGCCCCUCCCUGCGCUGAUUAAAUUUUAAAGAUGACAACCCAUCCCGUGUGGCAGCAGCUCACACCAGGGGUGACAUGGCUGUCAGAUCAGGGCUGGAUACUUUAAAAUGCGAAUUCGGCCAUUUCUCUCCUGCAAUCUGCCGAGUGACUCAUGAAUAGAUUAUUGGUAAUGGUACCUUGAGAUUAAAACACAGAAGGAGGAUUAAUCCUGGGAAGAAUUUGUGGAGUUUAAUACAAACCCAGAGAUUGACAUAAAUCCUUAGACCAGAUUUGGCAGAAGCUGAGAGCUCUGCUGACAUCUCGGAUGGUCGGGAACCCAGGACAAUCCGAACGUAGCAAGCUAGGGCCAGAUCCUCAGCUGGUGUCAAUCAGUAUUAUCCUGAGCUAUACUCAUUUACACCAACUGACCCAUAGAAUUUACAUCCCGUGGCUAGAGAGGACCCAAAGCUGAGCCCAGUGCAUCACCUCACUCGUUACCCAGGGCAUCUGAAACCAGCAGAAUGACAAUAUUCAUAUGCAAUAUUCAUAUUAUUUCCAGACCAGCUAGUCUGACCCGUUGCAUAACACAGGCCAGAGAACUCCAGCCAGUGACUCUGAGCCUAAUAAUGAUAUUGUGGUAGAACCUAGACGCCAAAGCCCCGCAGUACAAACAGGUGCAGUACAAACAUAGAGCAGAUACAGACCCUACCCCAAAUUGCUGUAUAAAUCUGCGGACAACAGGCGGAUGCAACAGACAGGCAGGGGAGCGCACAGUAGCCAAGAGCUUAUCCUGAGCAGCGGGCGGUGUUAAAACCGCAGAAUUGCAAAGCAAUCUUGAAAUCAGAAGAUGAAAUUGCCCAGGAGACUCAGAUUUUAUCGAUUAUCUUAAUUUUGAUCUCUGGGAGAAAGAAAGAGCCCCAAGAUUUCCAGCAGAUUCCUAUCAAGAUGACUUAGUGCAUGGUGACCGUUGAUUGGAAAUGUAUUUUG